AUGCACGACCCAGACGACGAUGCUCCCGGGUCAAGCGACGACUGGGAGUUUACGCCCAUGUCCCCGUCGAUUUCGUCGCUCUCCUCGUUUGCGCCCGAGGAAUACUCGUUACCUCUGCACCAGCACCUCGCAGAGCCAUCCACUCGCUAUCUUCCCGCUCAACUCUCACCUCCACAAACCUCCCCACGACGACGACAACCACCACCAUCACAACACCAGCAGCAGUCACGAAUCCCGACCUUCAACCAUGGCGCCCAGUCCGAAUCCCCGUCCCUGGACCGGUUCCGCCAGAAACAGCGCACACCACCGCAGAAACACCCAGUCCGCACGCCGACAGCCAUAACGACGACACAUCCGCCCAACGGCAUGUCCAUCCCUUACCUCCACACACCCCCACCAACUUCCCCCCGACGAAAACCAGGUAACCUACUCUUCGCCAACCCGUCGUCAGUCGCAACCAGGACCACCAUCACGUCCCCCAGCGCCCCAGAUGCGCAACUCACUCCCCGCGGUCCAACCACCGCAACAUCCUCCUUCUCCUCCUCCACAACAGCCAACAGCACCACAAACACCAACCACAACACCGCAGCCACCCCGGGCCCAACCUCCCCCACCAAACCCCCCAGCCACGCCAGUUUCACCAGCGGCAGCAGCAACAACAACAGCCUCAUCAACAUCAACAUCAACCGCAGCACCUCCAACCUCAGCCGCGCCAGCACCCGCAGCGGGGCCCCUCUACCAGGCGGUCUGCGCCUGCACAUGGGCACGGGAACGGGUGUUGGCGUGGGCCUAGGGUCCGGAUUGCCGGUGUCGCCUUUGCCUACGCCGGCUUCGGCGUCUUCUUGGUUGCAUCGGGGAGCCUUGCCGGGGCCGAGGUUUGUUUCUGGGGUUGGGGUGGAGGAGAGGUCGGGGUUUUCGCCUUUGAAGGCGGGGAGUAUGGAUGUGUUGGGCGGGUCGGACGAGGAUGAGAGACGAAGGAGUUUGGACCAGAGUUUGAAUUUGAGUUUGAGUUUGAGUCAGGGGUGGAGUGAUCUUGGGGCGGCGCAAGAGGCCGAGGAGGAAGGACCAGGGUCGUCGGUUGGGAAUGAAGAGGGAUCAUCAUCCGUGGGGAAUAGUCAACGUAACAGUUGGGAUAGUGUCGCAACCGUAAGGGAAGAGCCCGGGCGCGGGCACGACUACUAUGAUUACGAAGUUGAAGGGUCGAAUACCCACAUCGGCGACGGAUCAGACGGGUACAUGUACAAAGACCGCGAUUACCUCCUCCGGCAGUACGCCACAUCCCCCGAACGCAGCGCCAGUUCCCGAGGGUACACCACCGACUCUCGGGCUUAUGACCUAGGAGAAAGCCGAGGCCACACACCAAACCACCUCGACCGGCCUCAGGACUCCUCCUCCCCCACCUAUGCCGACGGCUGGCUCAAGCCUGAGAAGACAACAGGCGGGGUCCGGUUCCUCGAGAUCCAGAAAGAGGCCGCGUCGCAGCACAACAUCGACGUCAAGGACAUGCAGGAACCAGAGCCGACAGGAAAAUGGGAUAGAGGCCUAGAGCGAAUCCUCGAAGAAACCCAAGAGACAGAAACCGCCGGAGACACGCUGCCGCCGGGCAGGGUCAUGCUUAUGGAGCGGCUGUGCGAUAUGGUGCAGAAGCUGUCGUCGGUGCGGGUCGGCGGGGGGAUGGAGGCGGAUGUGAUUGAUGUGUUGAAUGCGAAAGUGGAGGAGAUGGAGGAUUUGUUGGUGUUGGCUGAGGAGACGGCCGAGGCGGAGGCUGGGGCGGACGGGAGUGAGGGGGGAGAGGAUGAUGGACGUGAGAAGGAAGAGGUGGAGGAAGAGGGGGGAGAAGAAGAGGGGGGAGAAGAAGAGGGGGGAGAAGAAGAAGGCAGGGAGGAUGAUGAUACCAAGGCUGAGGCGGAGGCGGAGGAGUUGUCCGAGAUCAAACUCCCGCAUCAAAACGACCAGCCAGAGGGAGAAACAGAGGAAGCACCAAAAGAAACGGAAACAUCCGCCAACGAGCCCGACUCCAAAGAAGACGACGACGAAACCUCACCCCCCCUCCAACUCUCCCCCCCCGACAUCCGCGACCUCACAACUCCCCUCCCCUGGCUCACAUCAACCUUCAAAUUCUCCGAGUCCCUCGACGUCUCCCCAACCCGCUCCAACCCCGAACUUGCCGCGGCCACCAACGAGGCCCUUGAGGCAGCCAAGCAGGCCGCCCAAGCCCAAGCUGACAUGGCCGAGCGCGUAGCCCGGGAAGCGGAACGCCUGAAUGGCGAGCUGGUCCGCGUUGUCAAGGGGCUGCGGGCGCGCAGGGAGGAGUCUGAUCACCUCCACUCCCUCCUAAUCAACCGCGCCGAAUCAGCCGCCACCCGCAUCCUCGACCUCGAACAAGAAAUCUGCGAUCUCGAAGACGACAUUUUGUCAGGCGAAUCUGAACUGCGCCAUCUCCGCCUCAAACUGCGCGCCGUCGAAGCACUGUGCCAUGAUCUUUUAGUCCCGCAUUCCGGCACCGACCCUGAACUUAUCCGCUGCAUUGACAACUGGAAGGCGGACUGGGUGCUGGUGCGCGAUCGCAUGCUGGCAAGGAAGAGGGGGCGGACGGAGAGGAGGGCGAGGUUGUGUCGCAAGGGGUGUGUGAUUAGUUCGUUGGAGGAGCGGGAGAGCAGGGAAACAGAGACAGAAACGAUGACUAGUUUAGGCGGGCUAUCGAUGUCCGUUUCGAUGAUGGGGUUGGGGGGGACUGGUCCACGGCACUGA